UUGUUGCUUCCUGCCCCAGGCCCCGAGGUGAGGCCGGAGAGCGCGGAGGACAAAUCCCGGCGGCAGAGCCUGGUGGGAGAGGCCGUUUUGAAGGGCUCCCCGGCGCAGGAAGGCAGUGGGGAGGAAAAGGGCCGGAGAUGCCCCCGCAGGAGGGGCUCCAAAGCCAGCCCAGGGGGCUGUGAGGAGGAAAGAGCCAACGUGUGCCGGGAAGGCGGCCGGAGCUUGAGGCGGAGCUGCGAGCUGGUGGUCCCUGAGCAGCCUCCCAGCAGGGAAAAGCCCUUCAGCUGCUUGGAAUGUAGGAAGAGCUUCAGCAGGAGCACUGACCACCUCAGCCACCAGAACAUCCACAGUGGGGAACGGCCCUACACGUGUGGGGAGUGUGGGAAGAGCUUCAAACGGAGCUCACACCUGUUCGGACACCAGGUGAUCCAUAGUAGAGAAAGGCUCUACACGUGUGGGGAGUGUGGGAAGAGCUUCAAACGGAGCUCCCACCUGCUCCGACACCAGAUGAUCCACAGCGGGGAACGGCCCUACACGUGUGGGGAGUGUGGGAAAAGCUUCAGGCACAGCUCCACACUCCGAACCCACCGUCGCAUCCACAGUGGGGAACAGCCCUACACCUGUGGGGAGUGUGGGAAGAGCUUCAAACGGAGCUCCCACCUCCUCAACCACCAGCACAUCCACAGUGGGGAACGGCCCUACACGUGUGGGGAGUGUGGGAAAAGCUUCAGGCACAGCUCCACCCUCCGCACCCACCGUCGCAUCCACAGUGGGGAACAGCCCUACACGUGUGGGGAGUGUGGGAAGAGCUUCAAACGGAGCUCCCGCCUCCUCAGCCACCAGAUGAUCCACAGUGGGGAAAGGCCCUACAUGUGUGAGGAAUGUGGGAAGAGCUUCACUCAGAGCUCCAACCUGCUCCGACACCAGAUGAUCCACAGUGGGGAAGGCCCUACACGUGUGCAGAGUGUGGGAAGAGCUUCAGGGACAGCUCCAGCCUUUGCAAACACCGUUGCAUCCACACCAGGGAAUGGCCCUACAAGUGCUUGGAAUGUGGGAAGAGCUUCAGCACAAGCACCAAGCUGCUCA